GACAAAAUCCAGGGGGUCGCUCACCAGCUCGUAGCUCGGCACGUUUGCAGGAUCGGGGCCUCUAGCCCCUUAGUGACCUGCCUGCGUCCCCCUCCCCCGCCGUUCUCAGCCCCUGGGAUCUCGUUCCAGCUCCUCCCGCUGCCGGACACGGACCUGGCCGGGCAUUUCCCUCGGGCCCAGAGGGUAGACAAUGGUGUAUGGUGCUGGGCCGAAGGGGGACUCCCCUAGUACAUUAAUUAACACUUAAUAAAUACAUCACAAUUAAAUACAUGACAGAGCGAAGAAGCUGCCAUGACAGACUUUCCUUCACGAGAAGCUCUGGCGAAAGAAGAGAGACCCAGCGGGAGUAACGGGAGGGGGGAUCCCAGGGAGGCCAGAGGGGCUGGUAGGGGGCGCGGACAGAGAACAAGCGUAGAGUGGCUGCAGGGUUGACCCCUGUGGGAGAUGGCAAAGUGUGUCCAGAUAUGGAUUUCUCACCCCUUGGCCGUAGAGAUGAUAUAAGGCCGACUAACGACCUGAGAGAAGACAUUGCGGUGAAACAUUCAAUCCUUCGCCCAGCGAAAGAGGUAGACUCUCAAAACAGCACCAACACUCACAGCAAAACUUCCGAAUCAUCUGCAGACUGGAAGAACCCAGAAAAGACCCUGAACCACCGACCGUGGGCGAGCGUGGCAAGUGACAGGACGUCUUCUGUCUGGAUGUCCUUCUGUGAGCUUGACAACGAGUGCGUUUACCACGUGUCGCUCCCAGGGUCAAAUGACCAGAAAAGAAGGGUGCCGUGUCUUGCCCAAGACAUCAGAGGCUGCUCUGAUGUGAAAGAUCUGCCGUGGAUUCAGAUUUCGGAUUCAAAAGCAGUUUUUCAGCUUCUGCAGCUCGGACUGAAGCACCAGAGUGUUGCUUGCAGCAAGCGGGAUCCUCACUCCCGUAGAAGUCGCAGCGUAUCCACUGUUCAAAGGCUAAAGACGGAAGAUCGUGAAGCUCCUGCUGUAACCCGAGUCAGUGAAGUGGCGCUCUGUGGUCUUGCUGGCUCAGAAAGACGUUCCAAGACGCGCAAUGAGGGUGAUAGAUUGAAAGAGAGUGGAAAUAUUAACACUUCUCUACUGAUUCUAGGCAAAUGCCCCCAUGCACUCAAGAACAGUCAACAGCCAAAGCUGCAGCUGCACGUACCAUUUCGGGACACUCGCUUCCGUCAAGCCUUUUUCAGGGGAAAAGGGAAGCUUUAUAGGAUGGUAAACAUCAGCCAGUGUGGUGCUGCAUAUGACGAAACGUCUCUCGUAAAUAACGCUGACACGAAAAUGCAGGUAGCAAGAAGAAGAGCCCCUGUACUUUGGGACAGGAGCCUGGAAGAUGUGAUAGAAGACGAUGAGCAUUUAACUGUGAAUAACAAUGACACACAUGAAGAGCAUGAUCUGGCAAAAGAGACGGCAAAUGAGGAGGAGGAAAAGAAAGUAAUUCUUGGAAAAGAAGAGUAUCUGAGACUGCUAACUCCAAUAGAAGACUUGGAAAGCAAGCUGAUCAAUGAGAGCAAAGAUAAAUUAAUCUUGGAACUAAAAAUUCAUGAAGAAGGCGCACAAGAAUUUACUCCGUAUUUUGCUCAACGGGAAACAGUUUUCAAGCAAUGCCUUUCUCAGGAUCCAGAGUUGCUGGAAGAAGAUUCUGAACAACGCUUGGAAAUCUACGAGGAUUUGGUAAAUGAAUGUGCCAAAAACCUGGAUGAAGGACAGGAGAUGAAGAAUUCCCACUGUAAUGAAAGAGCUGGAAUGCUGGAAGGAGGCGAGAAUGGAGAUCCCGAAAAGUGUACUGCUCUUGAGGGCAUUACUGAUUCUCUGCAAGAUGAUGUCCCUGAUAUUAAGAAGCAGGCAGAAGAAGGUCGCAGGUAUAUUGGAUCCCUAGAAGACCCACAGGAAGCGAUUGCUUGGCUUGAAGAAAAACUGGGGAAAAUUACUGUUGAACUAACGAAAACCAAAGAAGAGCUGACAUGGAGAACUGACGAGCUUGAAAUGCAAGUGAUUAAAUAAAGUGAAUCUGCCCGACAACUUGAAGAAGCUACUGAGAAAAUGACGACAGUGAAUAACCCGAUUCAAGAGCUAAUGCACAUUGUAAAAAGAAAAGGAGGACUUGUGGCACCCUAGAGACUAACCAAUUUAUUUCAGCAUAAGCUUUCCUGAGCUACAGCUCACUUCAUCGGAUGCAUACUGUGGAAAGUAUCGAAGAUCUU